ACUUAUACUACCUUUAUUAUCGUUAACAUUUAUUAUUAGAAUUAUGGCUAUUAUUUCGUUGAAAGUUUUAUCAUUGGAGACGAUUUUAGAAAAUUUAAAACUGUUGGCUAUUCAGUGUUUAAGUAAUUGUAUUCUCUUACCAGUUCAAAUAAGUAAUGAAAUAUUUGAAUACAUUCAUUCAAGAGGAGUUAUAUUAGGAGGAGAAGAAGUUGUCUUCUUCUCUUCAAAAGUUUCUUCUCUUACGAGUAUUAAACUCGUCGAAGGGCAAUUAAUUAAUAUUCAAAAUUAUGAUUUUCUAAAGAAUCAUCAAAUUGAAAGUGUAAUUUAUGAUUUUUCGGAUAUAAAAGAUUUUAUAUUCCUCAUUGAUCCUAUUUGUUUGAAAAGUUUAUGGAUAAAAAAUGGAUUAAAAAGUGAAAAUUCAAUCAAAUCUGCAGUUAAUUUCAUUAAAAAAUGUGAAAAUCUACAAUCGCUCAAUCUUAAUUGUUACGAUGAUGGAAUUCUAAUUAAGAAUCUAUUCAUGGAGACAAAAUUCUCCGAUUAUUCUUUAAAAACGCUUUGUUUACAUAGCCAAACAACGGAAUUGUACGAAUUGUACAACGAUAAUCUUCGAGAAAUGUUGGAAAAUUGUCAAAACUUGAGUGAAAUACAAAUAAAUUACAAUGUUUGGAAGCAAAUAGAGACAAUUUGUCAAGGUUUACAAACUUCCUACAGCACUUUAUCGUCGAUUGAUAUCGAAUUCAAUUCGUUUACUAAUCGGCAGAUAAUCGCUUUGGCGAAUUUACUUGAUAAUUGUAGACAAUUAAAGGUAUUUAGAUUCAAUUAUCAAACGAAUAAGAACGGCGAAAAUACGACGACGAAGAAUGAUGAUAUUCUGGAAAUUGAUAGAAUUCUUAACGGUCUUGCGAAUUCGUGCGAAAAUCUUCAAGAAAUCAGCUUAAUCAUUAACGAUUAUACAUUCAAGGAAAACGAUAGAAAUUUAAUCAAUUUGUUGAAUAAUUGCAGAAAUUUGCAAACAAUUCAACUAUCAUUCAAAGAUGUAGACAUUUAUAGUAAUUUGGGCAAAAUGGCGCCAUUUUCUAAAUUGAAUAAAGUCAAUGUAAAAUGUUCAAACGGCGAAGAAUUAAAGUACGUUGGAGAUUUUCUAUCAGUUUGUCAUCAUAUACAAACAAUUGUAAUAGAUAUUAGCUUCGAUGUGGGCAGAUACCUUAAGGGUAUUUGCAAUAGUUUGACAAAUUCUUGUCGUACACUUACAAACAUUAAUCUUUCCGGUUUAUUGAUGGCAAACGAACAUAUGCAACAUUUUGCAGAUUUGGUAAUGAAUUGCAACAGCUUGGAAUCUAUUGAACUUACUUUGGCCGAGAUUGGAAAAGAAGCUGAAAUGAUUUGGAAUAGUUUAACUCCGUCUAAGAAUAAUCUGACUAAUUUGAAACUAUGCGUAGCUUUCUCCAUAAAUACCAAUGACGCUAAAUGCUUGGCUCAAUUCCUUUACUGUUGCAGAUGUUUACAAAAAUUUGAAUUACUUUGCAAUAACGUUAGAGAAACUGCAAUUAUUGAAAUUUUGAAUGGUUUACUACCGUCUUGUCAAACGUUGAAAUAUCUUAAAAUACCACUUCCGUUCGACAGAGAUCACGGUUUUCAUUUAGUCAAUUUUGUAAGUCGAUGUAAAAUCCUACAAGAGUUGAAUAUUCUUGGAAAUAAACAAUUGUUAUCUCAAGCAAAUAAAUUUACAAAUGCAAUCAGAAAUUCAUGCCGAAAAAUUACUAGAAUGGAAUUUUUCCUAUUGGAAAGUGGACUUUUUUCAGUCUAA